AUGUAUAAGAAUAGAAUACCAUUUCAAAAUAAAUCAUGGGUUAUUCAAGGCCUCUACGAUGUGUUAUAUUGCAGACGUGAAAUCUCCUCAUCCUGCUUCGUGCUCAUCUGGUAUGCUUUCCCCGAUGGUGCUUUCAUCAUAGACACUUUCUUGUCUUCUGUCUGCAUUCCUAUGUACCAUGUGUGCUUCGUGCCUGUCGUCAUAAAGACUCACGCUCUCACUCGUAGCCAUGACUCGCGCGUGGUGCUGCUGCUGCUGUGCGCCGUGUCCGCCUUGGCCGAUAAGCCCUCCCCCGCCUACGGGCCCCCCACCCCCCUCCUCCUACGCCCCCCUCCCCCCUCUUACGGCCCCCCUCCAAAGGCCUGUUAUCCCGAGAUCAAGUAUGUGACACGCUAUCAAACGCAGGUCCAGCAGGUACCCGUAUACGAGACAGUGUACCAGCCCCAGAUCGUGCCAACCACUCUGUACCAGACCCAGUACCAAACUAAGUACCAGACACAGGUCCAGACCCACUACAUUCCCCAGUACAUCACCACCACCCAGUACCAGCCCCAGUAUAUCACUCAAACCGCCUACCAGACCCGCUACCAAACAAGAUACCAGACCCAGUACGUCACGCAAACCCAGUAUCAACCCCAGUAUAUCACCGAAACGCUGUACCAAACCCAGUACCGCACCAAGACCCAGGUCCAGUACGAAACCCAGAUCCAGUACCAGCCCCAGUACGUCACCCAGACCCAGUACCAGACCCAGACCCAGUAUCGCACCCAGUACGUGCCCCAGUACAAGACCGUGGUCGAAACGAGGCAGAACUACGUCACCGUCUGCCCCAAGAAGGGCUACUACUGAGAGAACGUUUAGUGAACAAACGGCGUUCUCUCUCUUGUUCAACUCUUCUUUUGUAUGCUGUCUCCUGUUUAUCCAAAACCACAAUAUUCUUUCAUGAUUGAUAUUGCAAAUGAUAUCGAUAUCAAUGCCAUCUAAUUACCUUUUCACACUUUCGAGCAUCCCUCCCAAAGAAAUGUCAUAUUUAUCACAAGUUCAUGUUAUGUUUCCAUCCACUUUCUGUACUUUUCCUCCUAUUACCUCCAUCAUCUUCCAUGAACCGCUAACAGAACUAGCUUUAUUUUUGUAAAAUAUGAUAUAAAAAAAUCACUUCUUACUCUUAUGAA